UAAAAAUUUAAAUAUUAUAGUAUGGGUGAGAUAGUGCCAAAUUAAUUAUUUGUGGCUGGUUAUAGUCGUAAUAAGAUUUCAGAUGAUAAAGGUAUAAAGGACAUAUUCAGGAAAUAUGGCAAUAUAAAAGAGGUUGCUUACAAAGGAUCAUAUUCUUUUGUUGUAUGAUAUAGUUUAAUAUGUUUAUAAAAAUAGACAUUUUCAUAAGAAUAAGAAGCUGAAGAUGCUCUUAAAGCAUUGAAUGGAUGCGAGAUUAAUGGAUAGAAAUUGAAAGUAGAUGUUGUGGAUAAUCGUAAAGGACGUAGAAAUGGACCAUAAGAGAAAGAUGAAUGUUUUAAAUGUGGAUAAGGUGGACAUUGGUAAUCUUAAAAUAAUAUAAUAAUUAUAGGGCUAGAGAAUGUCCAAAUAGAUAAUCUCCUAGAAGAAAAAGAUAUUCUGAUUCUAAAUCUAAGUAUUAUGAUAUUAUUAUAUUAAAUAGAUAUAGAAGGUCAAAAAGAUCUAAUUCAAGAUCUCAUUCACAUUCUUCUUAUUCAUCUUCUCAUUCUAGGAGAAGAAGAGAUUCUAAAAAGAGAAAUAGAUACAAUCGAAGAAGUAGAAGUCCAAGAAGAGAUAAUAGGAGAAAGAAAAGUACCAGUUCCAAAAGAUCUAAUACAAAUUCAAGAUCCAAAUCAUCAGUUAGCAAUAAAUAGAGAUAGUCACAUAAGUCAUCAUCUUCUAAAUGAGAAAGGAUCAAAAAUAAAGAAAAAGAAAUUAGAAAUUAAAUCAAUCCUCUUCUUUCAUCUUUCAUUCCCUUUUCCCUAUUAUUUCUGACUGCUUUUACUCAUUCAAUACUAAAAUACAUUUUAUAUGACAAAUUCUUAAA